GGGAGUCGGCGCAUGCGCAGCGGGUCUUGCUGUUAUGAAACCAAGCGGUCCACAGGUAGAGUGACAAGAAGGACACUUCAGCAGUCCGGUAGACGACAAGAAUGCUCUUUACUUUGGGCUUGACAUAAAUAUCAGCUCCGGGGCGCCAGUGCGAGAUAAACAUGGCCCCCAAUUCAAUCCACUGGUUCCGGAAGGGCCUGCGCCUCCAUGACAACCCGGCCUUGAGGGAGGCGGUCCGCGGGGCGGGCACGGUACGCUGCGUUUACUUCCUAGACCCUUGGUUUGCGGGCUCCUCCAAUGUCGGGGUUAACAGGUGGAGGUUUCUCCUCCAGUGUUUGGAGGACCUGGACGCCAACCUUCGGAAGCUCAACUCCCGCCUUUUUGUCAUCCGAGGCCAACCAGCCAAUGUGUUCCCGCGUCUCUUUAAGGAGUGGAAGAUCUCCCGCCUGACCUUUGAGUACGACUCUGAGCCUUUCGGGAAGGAGAGGGACGCGGCCAUCAAGAAGCUAGCGAUGGAGGUAGGGGUGGAGGUCAUCGUGAAGAUAUCACACACCCUCUACGACCUGGACAAGAUCAUCGAGUUGAACGGCGGUCAGCCCCCUCUCACAUACAAGCGUUUCCAGACCUUGAUCAGUCGGCUGGAUCCUCCCGAGAUGCACGCCGAGACGCUGUCGGAGAGCCUGAUGGCGCAUUGCAUCACCCCUGUCUCGGAGGACCACGGGGACAAGUACGGGGUGCCAUCGCUGGAGGAGCUUGGCUUCGACACCGAGGGCCUGCCGACCGCCGUGUGGCCGGGAGGAGAGACGGAGGCUCUUACCCGGAUAGAGCGCCAUCUAGAGAGAAAAGCGUGGGUGGCCAACUUCGAGCGUCCCAGGAUGAAUGCCAACUCGCUGCUGGCCAGCCCGACGGGCCUCAGCCCCUACCUGCGCUUCGGCUGCCUCUCCUGCCGCCUUUUCUACUUCAAACUCACCGACCUAUACCGCAAGGUGAAAAAGAACAGCUCCCCUCCCCUCUCACUGUACGGACAGCUGCUGUGGCGGGAGUUUUUCUACACGGCCGCCACCAACAACCCGCGCUUCGACAAGAUGGAGGGCAACCCCAUCUGCGUCCGCAUCCCAUGGGACAAAAACCCCGAGGCGCUGGCCAAGUGGGCGGAGGCCAAGACUGGCUUCCCCUGGAUUGAUGCAAUCAUGACUCAGCUGAGGCAGGAGGGUUGGAUCCACCACCUGGCUCGCCACGCCGUCGCCUGCUUCCUCACCCGAGGCGACCUGUGGAUCAGCUGGGAGGAAGGGAUGAAGGUCUUUGAGGAGCUGCUUCUGGACGCCGACUGGAGCGUCAACGCCGGCAGUUGGAUGUGGCUGUCCUGCAGUUCCUUCUUCCAGCAGUUCUUCCACUGCUACUGCCCCGUGGGCUUCGGCCGGCGCACCGACCCCAACGGGGACUUCAUCAGACGUUACUUACCUGUCCUCCGAGGUUUCCCCGCCAAGUUCAUCUACGACCCGUGGAACGCGCCCGAGUCGGUGCAGGCGGCCGCCAGGUGUGUCAUCGGCGUCCACUACCCCAAGCCCAUGGUGCACCACGCCGAGGCCAGCCGCCUCAACAUCGAGAGGAUGAAGCAAAUCUACCAGCAGCUCAGCCGAUACCGAGGACUGGGCCUGCUGGCAUCGGUCCCGUCCACCAACGGCAACGGAAAUGGAGGAAUGAUGGCCUACUCCCCCGGGGAACAGCCACCGGCUACUAACGCUGGCAACAACAAUAACAACGGCGCCCCCCACAUUCCCGGCGUGUCGGGAGGCUCCGUCUCCACAGGAAACGGCAGCGGGAGCAUCCUGCUGAAUUUUGACAGCGAGGAACAGCCGGGGGGGGCUGGCGGUGUCGGCCAGCAACGACUACAGCCAAUGGUGCAGCAGCACGGUGGGUCACAUGAGACACACACACACAACAUUAUGUCUGGCCUUGCUGGGGAGGUUGCAGUUAAAAUGCAUAUAAUGUGUUGGACGUUGCGUGUUGCAGGUUACCACUCAGUGCCAGAAAACAACACCACUGUCGCCGGCAGCCGACUGUACCACGAGUUUGCUGUGCCUCAGCAUCCAGGUCUCACCCACAUCAGAGGCAGCAUCACAGGAAAACGCGAGCGGGAGUCGGAACGCGAGGGUUCGGGCGAGGAAGAGUCGUCGACGUGCUCCGUCCACAAGAUACACAAGAUACAGAGACAGAGCACAGAGACCACCUAAUGGACGACGAAACAAGCUUCGAGAGAAGACUACGUCCACCCAUGUCCGUCGUCUCCGGCAUGUGGUGUAUAUCGCUCAAACCACCCAGGUGAAAAUGUGGCACGCAGACACGUUUAAAAAAAAAAAAAAAAAAAAAGAAACAACAAAAAUGUCCUCAAUUGUUGUUGUAGCUGGACAAUAUAUUUAUAAUAAAAAUUAAAACAGGAAAAAAAAAAGACCAAAAUGUAUAAAAUCUUUGUUUUUGACGGCUAUGUAUAUGUAUUGUAUAUAAAAAUGUCAUUUGAAUGCAAGUGUAAUUAAUCCCAGCAGCCAGCAGGGGGCUCCUUUCAGGAACAUCAUCCCUCCGAGCGCACGGCGACUGCAAAUGUCAGCAGACCCGCGACACAACACUCACGAUUAGCUUAGUGUAACAAACGGUCAGCACCCUCUUUUUCUACUGUUUCAUAUAAAACUACCAAAAAUGACAGAAAAAGACACAGCAAGCGUGAUGCUAAUCAAACAUUCCUCACAGCCGAGUCAGACCUCCACCGCUACGACGUUUGUGGCGCGUGUCUUCAGGAGUAAAUGCGCGGAAAUCCAACCCGAGGAUGUACACUCCCCCCAACCCCCUGCCGAUAUUUAUGUUGCACACCAACGAUAACGUGCAAAAAAAAAAAUAAACGGGAAGCUUCCCCAAUCUGCCGUCACACUUUGCGCCCUCUUUUGUCCGAACAGCGUUACUGCAGUGUCAUUUAUAUUGUCUGUCCUCUGCACUAUUGGAGACGAUUUUUAUUUUUAAUUUUUUGGUGCGUGGAACACGGGUCACAGUUUUAUUCGGAUCGAGUUCAAAUUUCUGUGAGUUCAUAGCGAUACUUGAGAUGUCGACGUGGGCCAAAAAAUGUCUCGAAUUCAUUUUGUUUUCGUAAAUUUUACGUGAUUCAGAAUAUCGGAACUUUUACGCUACAUUUUUUCUGUUUUUUUGAAGGGUGCAGAUUGGGGCAGCAGAUCAAGCGGCGACUGCCUGACACGGUUGCGUCAGGGAGUGUGGGGUGGGCAAGGGAAGGGGUCAAACGUAUUGUUGUGUAUGAUAAUUGUGUACGUGCGUAAAGACGAGUUGAACAAUGCUAGUUUUUGUUUAUCACAUCGGCGAAGUAACAAAAACAAAGUUGACCCAUUUGAGUUGAGUUGUAUCCCGUAGAAAUAUUGCUUCCAAAACGCCAGAACGUGAAAUGACGCCGACGUCAUCGAUGGGUUCUCUAGGCUGGUGCUCGUUCUCUGUCCUGCUGCCUGGUGAUGUGAAAGGCUUGACAACAAAUAAACAAGUGUUUCAACUCUAUAA